AUGUUCCUAGCAUUUUUGCUGACUUCCAGUGGGGCAAAGCCAAAUGACAAGAACAAAAAACCAAAACAAGUUGUUCCAGCAAUAGAUUGUGAUAUGCGGGCUGGGAAGAUCAAUCUCCCAGAAUUUAUUGUCCAGUGUCCAGCUAACUGCAGGCAGACCAAGGAGAAGGUGUAUGGGACGGGUGUAUUUGCCUCCAUAUCCAGUAUCUGCAAUGCUGCCAUUCACAGCGGAGUCAUCACUAACUCUGGAGGAAAGGUAAUUGUGAUGAAGAUGGCAGGACAGGCGACCUACAAGGGUAGCUUUGCCAACGGUGUCCACUCUCUGUCCUUACCCUACCGGAGAGAAGCAUUUUCUGUCUCAGUGGGUAAACCAAAGAAGGGGAUGAUCUACCCAUCCACUCUGGUCUUUGUACCCUCAAAACCCCCUGCUGUGACAAAAGGUGAUCCCAAAGACCGUUUGUACACUACAGUGUCACCAAUGACAGAGCCGAGCACCACUGCAGCCCCGCCCACAACCAGUCAUGUGACCACACCCAUCACCACAGCCCCACCCAUUACUACAUUAGCCACGCCGAGGACCACGGUUCGCGAGGCAGAUUGUAAAGUUGAUAUUGCAUUCCUCAUGGAUGGCAGCUGGAGCAUUGGGAAACGUCGUUUUAAGAUUCAGAAAGACUUCCUUAUGGAGGUUUCUCAGGUCAUCGAUGUGGGUGUAGCUGGAGCCAUGAUGGGCAUCAUCCAAUACGGGGAUGAUCCGGUCACAGAAUUCAGUCUUAAACAGUUCUCCAGCUCCAAGGACCUGAAGCCGGCCAUCAGCAAAAUAGUCCAGAAGGGCGGUCUGUCCAAUGUAGGGAAGGCCCUCUCCUACAUCAACAAGCAUUUCUUCAGUGAUGCUAAUGGGAACAGAGGUGGGGCGCCUAAUGUGGCUGUGGUCCUGGUGGACGGCUGGCCCACUGACAAAGUGGAGGAGGCCUCGCGUCUGGCCAGAGAGUCAGGUAUCAACAUCUUCUUUGUCACCAUCGAGGGCCCAGAUGAGAAUGAAAAACAGAACGUGGUGGAGACCAACUUUGUUGAAAAGGCAGUGUGCAGAACCAAUGGCUUCUUCUCACUUCCUAUCACAAGCUGGUUCGCCUUGCGCAAAGAAGUGCAGUCUCUAGUGAAGCGCGUGUGUGACACAGACCAGCUGGUGUGCAGUAAGACCUGCCUUAACGCCAACGACAUCGCCUUCGUCAUCGACGGCUCCAGCAGCGUGGGAACCGGAAACUUCCGCACCGUGCUCCAGUUCGUCGCAAACGUGACGCAGGAAUUUGAGAUCUCGGACACAGAUACGCGUGUAGGAAUCAUUCAGUACACGUAUGAACAGAGGCUUGAGUUUGCUUUUGGUCAACACAACAACAAAGCUGAUCUGCUGAAUGCUAUCAAGCGUAUAAACUACUGGAGCGGAGGUACCAGCACAGGAGCUGCCAUCACAUAUGCUGCAGAUCAACUCUUCACCAAAUCCAAACCCAACAAGCGCAAGAUCAUGAUUGUCAUCACAGACGGACGCUCCUACGAUGACGUGCGGGCCCCGGCUCUGGAGGUACAUCGUAAAGGUGUGAUCGCGUACUCCAUUGGUAUAGCCUGGGCCGCACAGGACGAGCUGGAAUACAUCGCCACCGACCCCGACAGAGAGCACUCUUUCUUUGUGGAUGAGUUUGACAACCUCUACAAGUAUGUACCAAAGAUUAUUCACAACAUCUGCAAUGAGUUCAACUCCCAACCUCGUAACUGAACCAGGGCUACAGAUGAAAACUGUGGAAUAUCACCAAAAAUCCAAGGAGUAAGUGUAUUACCACACAGUUAGAAUACAGUGUUACAAAUGUAGCAUUCUGUAGAUAGAAGCCUUACUUUCUGGAUCAAAACCUCAGACGCCAGCAUGUUUCCAGAUUAUUAUUAUCAUCAUUAUUAUUAUUAUUAUUAUUUUUGCAAUUUAAACAAAAUACAGUGUGAAAUGGUAAAGAUAGCAGUGGAUGUGGGUUCUGUGAUUCUGGAUUAACACAUGAUGGA